UGUGGGCUGGGGUGCAGCUCAGUUAGUGGAGUGUUUGCUCAGCAUGCACAAAGCCCUGGGUUCCAUCCCAGCACUGUGUAGACCAGAAGCUGCGGUGCCCACCUGUGACCCCAGCAGCUGGGAAGUGAAGGCAGGAGCAUCAUCACCUUCUGUUACACGGUGAGUCCAAGGCCAGCCUGGACCACAUGAGACUGUCUCAAAAAUAAAUGGACCGGGUGGUAGUGGCACACACCCUUGAUCCCAGAAUUUAGCAGGCAGAGGCAAGCGAAUCUGUGAGUUCGAGGCCAGUCUGGUCUACAAUGCGAGUUCCAGGACAUUCAAGGCUACACAGAGAAACCUUGUCUCAGGAAACCUAAAUUAAUAAAUAAAACAAUUUUAAAACCGCAUAGAAUGAGACUCAAAGGGUUUGCAUAAGUGAAAAGUUUGAUUUGUUCUGUCCUUUCAGAGGUCAAAGUCUUCUCCUGGAGAAGGACGUGGAGGUUCAGAGCUGGGGAAGAUGUGGCUCCUUGGGGCAGAGGCUACACAGAGGGCAGCAGUGUCCCGGAGCUGCUUGGGGCUGGUCAGGGCCAGCCUACCCUAGGCUUGCUCCCUGCUCCUCACUUCCUGGGUGGGGAUGGAUGGUCAGAGGGUGGCUCCUGGCACCCAGGGUUCAGGAAUCUCAGGCAUGUGGUUCUGGGCCCAGAUUGGGGGGAGCAAGGAAUUAGGUGGUACCACAAUCUAGACAGCUAGUCAGCUCAGGGGUGGGGGAGCCUAAAGGUCAUGUGAAGGCCGGUCCUAAAUGGCCCCUCUCCUGUAGUUCUGGCGUGGAGCCCCAUACAGGAGCCCACCUAGCCCCUCCCUGUGAUGGGCUGGACCCGCUGGGAGUGAGAAGGGGUGAAUUCAUAUUUUCAAGUUUUUCCUGCUCUCCUGGCAGCCCAAGGAAGCAGCAGCUGUAGGCCAGAGGUAUUGGAGGUGGGGAGUAGCAGGACCAGCCCCUGAGCCUGCCUCUGCUGUCUGUAAGUGCUGUGACAGCCAUGGGGCUCACCAGGAGGCCGCCUCAGCCUCAGCCUCUGCUCCUGCUGCUGCUGUGGCUGUCCCGAAGCCUGAGUCUAGACCUGAUUCCCUAUGAGCCGCAGAUAACAGCCUGGGACCUGGAAGGGAAGGUCACAGCCACCACCUUCUGUCUGGAGCAGCCUCGGUGCGUCUUUGAUGAGCGUGCCUUAGCCAAUGACACCAUCUGGCUGGUGGUGGCUUUCAACAAUGCCUCCAGGGACUUCCAGAACCCACAGACCUCUGCUAUAAUCCCGACCUCACCACAGCUACUGACUGACGGCUACUAUAUGACAUUACCCCUGUCCCUGGGUCAGCUGCCCUGUGAGGGUCUGGCAAGUGGCAGUGGAGGUGUCCGUGUGCUUCGAGUCGGCAAUGACUUCGGCUGUUACCAGAAGUCCUAUUGCAAUGCUCCUCUCCCCAGCCAGGGGCCAUACAGGGUGAAAUUCCUCCUGAUGGAUGCCAGUGGUCCACCCAAGGCUGAGACGAAGUGGUCCAAUCCCAUUUAUCUGCAUCAAGGGAAAGCCCCCGAUUCCAUUGACACGUGGCCCGGUCGGCGGAGUGGCUCCAUGAUUGUUAUGGCUUCCAUCCUCUCUGCCCUGGCCGGCCUUCUGCUCCUGGCCUUCCUGGCAGCCUCCACUAUGCGAUUCUCCAGCCUGUGGUGGCCCGAGGAAGCCCCCGAGCAGCUCCGGAUUGGCUCCUUCAUGGGAAAACGCUACAUGACACACCAUAUCCCUCCCAGCGAGGCUGCCACACUGCCGGUGGGCUGUGACCCUAGCCUAGACCCCCUCCCCAGCCUCAGCCCGUAGCCUGGUCUCUGCAGCUUGGGCCUGGGUUGAGGGACAGAGAGCAGGGAUACAGGCCCUGUAGGGGGUCUUGCAUCUUCCCAGCCCCUCAUAGCUGCCUGGCUAUUGUAUCCUCCUCUUCUGGUUCUGUCCCUCUGUCUGUAAAUACAUUUGGAGAUGGUGGCGGUCAGGUUGGGGUCUGCUUAACUUCCUUCAUGUAAGGCUGGAGGAGGUGGUUAGUCCGGAAGUACCACCCUUGUCCCGAGAGCCUGGCGCUUUCUGAGGCCGGGACUCGCCAGUGUAAAUGUGUAAAUGGCUAUCAAUGGCAGCUCGGCUCCCUGCCCCAGCCCCUCUACACACAGAGAUGGUUCCCACACUCAGCCGCUCACUCCACAUCAUUUAUCGCGCACCUGCUAUGCGCCACACACAGUGUUAGACAUGGCCUCGGGCAAAGCUGGUUGUGACUUUCGAGGGGUCUGCCUUGCUUUGAAUCUCGGACCGACACCUGUCCAGAUGUGGGAUCUGUUUCUGUUGGGGAGAUGACGUGCCCUCAAAUUGCCCUCGGGGGGGGGGGGGCUGGAGAGAUGGCUCAGAGGUUAAGGCACUGCCUGCUCUUCGGUCUGGUGGCAUCCAUGCAGAUAGAACACUGUAUCCAUAACAAAUAAAUAAAAAUCUUUUUUAAAAAAUU